ACCGCACGGCAAGCCGCCUCUCCUCUCACCUCUGCAACGGCCGAAGCCCACCACACGCAUUCCCCAAUCCCCAAUCCCAACCAAUCUGCCUCGACGAAUUUGGAUUGCUUCCCGCCCGAGCCUUCCAAUCGCUCGCACGCUUCCGUUCGCUUCGCAUUCUGCGCGCGCUUAACCUAGUAUUUGAUCCGAUUUGAUUUAAUUUGAUUCUGCCGCGUGGUCCGAUUCCGAGGAGGAGGCGAGGGGAGUGGUGGUUGCGCGGCCAUGGCGGCCUCGUCCUCGGCGGCGGCAGCGGCGGCUCUGGACGCCUGGUGGGACGAUGUGAACAACUCGCCGCUGUGGCAGGACCGCACCUUCCAUGCCCUCGCCGCGCUCUACGGCGUCGUCGCACUCGUAGCCCUAGUCCAACUGAUAAGAAUCGAGUGUAGGGUACCUGAGUAUGGGUGGACAACGCAGAAGGUGUUCCAUUUCCUAAACUUCAUUGUUAACAGUGUAAGGUCAACUGUGUUUGUUCUGCGACGGAAUGUGCAAGUUGUGCAUCCUGAGAUAUUUCAACAUGUGCUUAUUGAUUUGCCUGGCCUAGCAUUCUUCACGACCUAUGCUCUGUUGGUGCUCUUUUGGGCUGAAAUCUACUAUCAGGCACGUGCACUGCCAACCAAUGGGCUUCGACCAGCUUUCUAUACGAUCAAUGGAGUGGUCUACGCCAUUCAGAUUGUACUGUGGCUGCUCAUGUGGUGGAAACCAGUUCAAGCUGUGGUCAUUCUGUCAAAGUUGUUCUUUGCAGCUACAUCCUUAUUUGCUGCUUUUGGUUUCCUUCUCUACGGAGGGAGGCUAUUCCUGAUGCUGCAGCGUUUCCCUGUUGAGUCAAAAGGUCGGCGGAAAAAGUUGAAUGAGGUUGGCUAUGUGACCACCAUAUGCUUUGGUUGCUUCUUGAUCAGAUGCAUAAUGAUGUGCUUUAGUGCUUUUGACAAAGAAGCUGACCUUGAUGUUCUGAACCAUCCAAUCCUGAACUUCUUUUACUACUUGCUUGUUGAGAUUGUACCAUCGUCUUUGGUGCUGUUCAUCUUAAGGAAACUACCGCCAAAACGUGGGAUUGCACAGUACCAUCCAAUCCAUUAGUCAGUAACGUCGAUGGUCCAUUUCUAACAGUUCCGUCCAAUUGCUAAAGACAAAAAGGCAAAUGUGAGAUACCUUGUAGUACCUUUUGUAGGUUUAGUAGCUUUCUUGUGAAGAAGCGUUUACUGAGUGUGGCAAAUACGGCUUGUUAAAAAUGUAAACUCCCGCUGUCAUUGCAACCCCAAAUGUCACUAACACAACCUGUUUUACCAAUACGGGCUUCCAUCUGUAAACUUUAGAAGAGACAAGGACUCUGAUAAUUUCUUCUGAUGGAGAACAUGUGUGAUAAGAUUGGCUACUUCAGAAGAAGGGUAGCUGCUCAGGGAUCAUAUCCAA